AAAAAAUUUCCCUGGUAGAGUCUGUUAAAGACAAUCUACGAGGACCCUUUAGAUGAAAUUCUUAGUUGGUCUUAAUAACAAGAAUAAUCCACAGCCCAGCUGAUUGUACUUUGGGCUACUAAUGAGUUAACUGCUAUCAAGGGAAAUUAGCUCUGACCAAACAUUCCUGCUGGCUCUCAAAUACAGUGGGCUUUGGGCAGUAUAAAAACUGAGAGAAAUCAGUGUGUAGGAGAGAUAGUUCUCUCUGUGGCAGAAGCAACAGUUGUGAAAAGUACUUCGGCAGUUAUGGACUCAUCUGACAUUCAAAGGAAGAAAGUAGCUGUCAUUGGUGGUGGCUUGGUUGGAUCACUAAAUGCAUGCUUCCUUGCAAAGAGGAAUUUCCAAGUUGAUGUAUAUGAAGCCAGGGAAGAUAUUCGAGUGGCUAAAUUUACACGUGGAAGAAGCAUUAACUUGGCCCUUUCACACAGAGGACGGCAAGCCUUGAAAGCUGUUGGCCUGGAAGAUCAGAUUGUGUCCCAGGGUAUUCCCAUGAAAGCCAGAAUGAUUCACUCCCUUUCAGGAAAAAUGUCUUCCAUUCCUUAUGGGACAAGGUCUCAGUAUAUUCUUUCUAUAAGCAGAGAAAAUCUAAACAAGGUUCUGUUGACUGCUGUUGAGAAAUGCCCCAACGUGAAGGUGCACUUUGGCCACAAGCUGUUAAAAUGUAACCCUGAGGAAGGAAUGAUCACGGUGCUUGGAUCUGACAAAGUUCCCAAAGACGUCACUUGUGACCUCAUUGUAGGAUGUGAUGGAGCCUAUUCGACGGUCAGAACUUACCUCAUGAAGAAACCUCGCUUUGAUUACAGUCAGCAAUACAUUCCUCAUGGGUACAUGGAGUUGUCCAUUCCACCCAAGAAUGGAGAUUUUGCCAUGGAACCCAACUACUUGCAUAUUUGGCCUAGAAAUGCCUUUAUGAUGAUUGCACUUCCUAAUACGAACAAAUCAUUCACGUGUACUUUGUUCAUGCCCUUUGAAGAGUUUGAAAAACUUCUAACCAGUAGUGACGUGCUGGAUUUCUUCCAGAAAUACUUUCCAGAUGCCAUCCCUCUCAUCGGAGAGAGAGAGCUGGUACAAGACUUCUUUCUGUUGCCCGCCCAGCCCAUGAUAUCUGUGAAGUGCUCUUCAUUUCACUAUGAAUCACACUGUGUACUGAUGGGAGAUGCAGCUCAUGCCAUGGUGCCAUUUUUUGGGCAAGGAAUGAAUGCGGGCUUCGAAGACUGCUUAGUAUUUGAUGAGUUAAUGGAUAAAUUCAACAAUAACCUUAGUUUGUGUCUUCCUGCGUUUUCAAGAUUUCGGACUCCAGAUGAUCAUGCGAUUUCAGACCUAUCCAUGUACAACUACAUAGAGAUGCGAGCACAUGUCAACUCCAGGUGGUUCAUUUUUCAAAAGAGCUUAGAGAGGUUUCUUCAUGCUCUGAUGCCAUCUACCUUUAUCCCUCUCUACACCAUGGUCGUCUUUUCCAGGAUAAGGUACCACGAGGCAGUGCUGCACUGGCGUUGGCAAAAAAAGGUGAUAAAGAAAGGACUCUUUUUCUUUGGAUCAGUAAUAGCCAUGGGUAGCACCUACCUACUUAGGCACUACAUGUCACCAAGACCUCUGGACUACUUGAGAAGGCCGUGGAACUGGAUCACUUACUUCCAAAAUACAGGACAUUGAAAGGUGACCUUGCUAAUAAACUAAAAGAAAAAGCGAAGAGAGAGAUCACUGCCCUGUGUUUGAUUAACAGCAUGGACCUUAACUCGCUGUCUUUAAGAUUAACCACCUGUGGAGACUGUUUUUCCAGCAUUUGGAAAGAGCUGAGUGUGUCAGGUUCCCUGGUGCAAGAACAUUCUGGACUCUGAAAAGAGGCGAGCAGAUAGAAAAGGAAUGUAAAUCCUCAGCCAGACCAGACUGGCCAGACCACAUUCCGGAGGAGACUGAUAAGACAGCUUCAAAGGAGGGAAAAAAGGGAAAAAUGAACACCCUAAUGUCUCGCAGCUCAGCUGUCUCCUGCUAAUCAGUCUACAGCAAUAAACUUUUUCUCCCCAUAAAAGUCCCACCCCUUAGCCUCUUGGGGUCAGCGCUUCUCCUUUCUUUCUCUCGUGCUGUGCCCUUCCCACCUUUGGGAAGUAAAAUAAACUUUCUUUCUUUAAAACUA